AUGGAUGUUUGGAUUCUUCUUAAACGAUGGAUUUCGGUGGAUCGCAAAAGGCGUAUGCCAUAUUACCGCCGACUAUUGAAAUCUGUUCGUUAUAAUUUGCUCAAUGAUCAACAGAAGGAUGAAAUUAAAAAAGAUCUGUUACGUUUUAAAAUUAACAUAAUCGAUGAUCAAAGUGCUAUAUGGUCAAUGAAUAGCGAACCACGAAUUCAACGUGAUAUAUUAUUAGCAAUUGGUGGAUGGGAAAAAGGUGGACCAACAAAUAUUGUUGAAGUAUUUGAUGUUAAUAGUAAUAAAUGGCAACGUGUGAAAACAUUUGAGGAUGAUCGCCGAGUAGCUUAUCAUGAAUGUAUCGUUAUUAAUGAUAAAUUAUACAUUAUUGGUGGUUUCGAAGGAUCACAAUAUUUCAACACUGUACGUUGUUAUGAUAGUAAAACAAAACAAUGGUGUGAAUUAGCUCCAAUGCAUUAUGCAAGAUGCUAUAUAUCAGCAUGUGAAAUUAAUGGUACAAUUAUUGUUGCUGGAGGUUCAGAUGGUAGAUUAAGACUUCGAACUGCUGAAAUAUAUGAUGCUAGCAAAAAUCAAUGGACCAGAAUUCGAAGUAUGAUACAACGACGAUCAGAUGCAGCAGCAUGUGCUAUGGGUGGUAAAAUGUAUGUUGCAGGAGGAUACACCGGUGAAAUAGUAUUACAAACGGUUGAAAUGUAUAUACCGGAAAUGGAUAUUUGGACAGAAAUUGCACACAUGAAUUCACCAAGAUCCGGCCUGGCAUGUGCAGCGAAUGACGAUUUCAUGCUAAUCGCUGGUGGUUUCGAUGGUACAAGUCGUUUAAAUAGCGCAGAAAUCCUACGAAUUGGAAGUGCGCAUACUGUAAAUGUUGAGCCAAUGCCAAUAGCAAGAUCAAAUUUUGCAAUGUGUAGAAUGGGAAAAUAUUUCUAUGCAAUUGGUGGUUAUAAUACAAUGGUAACUAAAACGGUGGUACGUUUUGAUGGUAAGAAAUGGGAAAAAAUUUGUGAUGUAACACUUGCACGUAGCGCUUUACGUGUGGUACUUCUUAAAGCUUGGCCUGAUCCAAUUCAGUUACUCUGUGAUAAAAGUAUAGAACGAAGAGAUGCGGAUAAUUCAUUAUGUAAUUCGGAAUUUUCUGCAUCACAAGAAAAUAAUAUUUCUGAAAUGAUUGUAACAAGUAAUGAUUCAGAUUAA